AUGAUUCGAUGUAAAGAUAAGCGCGGGAUUGGUUUUAGGUUCGACUUGGCGUCGGGCGGAGGUGGAACUAGAGACGGAGGAGCAGCAUGUUUGAUCAGCACUUAUCCCGACAAUCUGAGGCAGCCCGAGCGGCUUGGUGCUGGUUCAUCGUGCCAGGCAGCUGCUCGUACAGAGAUCGACACCCAUUCUAGAAUGCGUAUACGGGAUCUCGAAGCGAGCGGUGAAAAUCCCAAACGUCGGUCCGAUGGAUCGUCCAUUUACCUAGACAUCCGGGGCCGAGUGCUGACGUAUGAACCGCUCCCGAAACAAUGGAUAAGUCAAAAACCUGAUAUUUGA